GUUUCAGAUAGUGAUGUCGUAGAUGAUACAGACUUAUCUAGAAGAAAGAAAGAGAACUCUGUAUCAUUAACCUGUGACCCAGAUCUGAAAUGUGGACAUCUUUAAUAUGGGCAGGGUGUGUUUGCACAUGAGUGGAGCGUGAAGAGUGUGUUUGUAGUCAAGAGUUUGGAUGCAAAGUAAAAGUUCUUGUUUGCUCAGAGACGUUUUUGAAAGAAAGCAUGGACUUGUGAGAGUGGAGUCAAGCCUCAAAGUCCAUUUAAUUUCAAAGUCCAUUUAAAAACAGAGUUUGUUGGAGAAGCUGACUGGCCAUGUGCUCAGCGCAGGAGUAACAGGAACAAGUGAUCUAGAAUGGAAUGAAGGUUUCCUUGGAAGACACGAUGUCCACUGUUCCGGUUUUCUUCUGCAUCAGUGAAUAAAACAACGCAGCCUUUCCAGAGGAGCUGUACUGACUCGCAGGAUGGAACAGCAGAAGAGCAGAGCAGGGUCUCAGUGCAGGGGACCCGAUGAGACGGACUCCGGAGUGGACCAGUGGGACGGGCCGGACUGGUCCGAAUCUCCGGGCUGUGAGCAGAGGGAUGCUAGGAAGGAGGAGGGUCUGAAAGUGAGGCUGCCCAUCCAGUCUGACAUGAUCUGUGGAUACGCUUUCCUCAAAGGCACGGCAGCUCUGCGCAAUACAAAGCGAGGCUCGUGGUUCAUUCAGGCUCUUAGUGAGGUUUUCUACCACAGCGCCAAGGACAAGCAUGUAGCUGACAUGCUGGUCAAGGUGAACUCCCUGAUCAAGCAGAGGGAAGGAUUCGCACCCGGGACUGAGUUCCACCGCUGUAAAGAAAUGUCUGAGUACCGCAACUCACUCGACAAAGACCUCUACCUGUUCCCAGGAUAUCGGCCAAGCUGCUAAAACACACACACAGACCCACGGAGACACAGCAAGAGACACACACCCAUACACAGUGAGAGACACACACAGAUAUGCAGUCAGACAGACACACAAACAAACAGACACAGCCAGGCAGACACACAGACACAGUAAGAGACACAGAGACAGUGAGACACAUGCAGACGAACACACACACACACACACACACACACACACACACACACAGACGCACAGAUAAAUACUGUGUUUAUAUAUACACAGUGCCCUCCAUAAGUAUUGGGACAGUGAAGUCAAAAUUGCUAUUUUUGCUGUACACUCAAGCAAUAUGAAAAUACGAGUAAAAGAUUAAU